AUGGCUGCGGCUGCUCUACCUAUUGAUAACUUUCAUGGAGAUGUCGACGAACAGUCACUUGAAAUUUUCUGUAUUAUCUGGCUCGAUGAUAAUAUUCAAGCCAAAGUUAAUCGUGAUACGGAACAAAAAUUACGUUCUAUUAUCAAUCGCUUCAAGAAAUUUCAAGAUUUAGAACAAUGUCAAAAAUAUAUUGAACAACGAUCACAAAAUGAACGAGUAGUCAUGAUUGUCAGUGGUCGAUUAGGACAAGCAAUAGUACCAUCUAUUCACAAAAUUCGACAAAUUAUAUCAAUCUAUGUGUAUUGUAUGGAUAAAGAGAGAAAAAAACAAUGGGCUGUCAAUUUUCCAAAAAUAAAAGCUGUUGUUGUUCAACUUGAUGAACUCGUAUCUCGAAUUAAAAAUGAUUAUAAAAUUCAAAAGAUCGUAGAAGAACCUUUCUUAAUCAAUACUUUCACUACAGGUUCUGGUGCAGGUAAAUCAACAAGUGGCGUAAAUGGUAAAUUCGUUUUCUCACAAGCUCUUAUUGAUUGUCUUUUACGACUUAAAUCUACUGAAAGAGAUACCAAAGAGCUUAUUGAGAUUUGUAAAAAAGAAUAUGAAGAUAAUGAUAAAGAGUUAAGCAAUCUACGCGAGUUUCGAAAGAAUUAUUCGCCUGACGAAGUAUUAAGGUGGUGCACACGAGAAUCAUUCUUUUACAAGACUCUCAAUGCAGUUUUACGCACUGAAAAUAUUCAUAUGAUUUUUUUAUUUCGUGCAUUUAUCUCUGAUAUUCAACAUCAAUUGAAAAAUCAUCAAACUAAGAAUCCUCUACAAGUAUAUCGAGGCCAAAAGAUAUCAACCGAUGAACUGAACAAUUUAAAGCAAUUUCGUGGUCAGUUUAUUUCAGUGAAUUCAUUUUUUUCCACCAGUACUGAUUAUCGACGAGCUCUUAAAUUUCUCAAAGGUUCUAAUGCUGCAGAGAGCUUAGAGCCAGUAUUAUUUGAAAUCGUUGCUGAUCCUAAGGUGGCAACUACGAAACCAUUUGCCGAUAUCAGCAAAUUCAGCCAAUAUCCUUGUGAAUCAGAAGUACUCUUUAUGCUUGGAUCUAUUUUUCGUUUGGACGGGAUCGAUUACAACAAUGUUAAUCAAGUGUGGAUCAUUCGAAUGACUUUAUGUAGUGAGACAGAACAUGAUUUAAAAAAUGUUCUCAUGUAUAUGAAACACGAACUUGGCAGUGGAGAAACCAAUCUGCGAACAUUAGGAAAAGUACUAUGGCAAAUGGGAAAACUUGAUUUAGCUGAACAGUAUUUUACUCGUUUAUUAAAAGAACUGUCACCAAAUAAUCCUUUACUUGGUAAAUUGUAUAAAGAUCUUGGUGAGCUAGCAUCAUUAACCGGUGACUAUGACAAGAGUGUUCAAUGGCAUCAAAAAUCACUCGCACUCAAAAGUCCGAAUGCAUUAGUUGGCAUAUUGAACGAUGAUGAACAUCGCAAAUUUAGUGGUAAGUGCAUCGAAAGAAAGUCUCAUCUUGAAACGGAUAUCAUUAUAUAA